GAGAGCCUCGCUAGAGCAGCACGCUCCAAACAGAGAGGGAGAGGGAGAGAGAGAGAGAGAGAGAGAGAGAGGGAAGAAAGCAAGGGAAGUGGAACAGGACCAGGGGAGGGGGGCAAGAGGAGUUAAGGGCAGGGUGAGGAGGAAGAGAGAACAGGGAGAGGGAAAGACAAAAGAAGGAGAAGGCAUAGAGAGAGAGGGAGUGAGAGAGAGAGAGAGAGAGAGAGAAAGAAGGAGGGAGAGAGGAUAGACAGGGAGCAGGGUGAAAGAGUGGGAGCGAGGGAAAUGGCCACAGAGGAGACGAGCGGAGGAGCUCGCAAAGCCACCAAGAGCAAACUGUUUGAGUUUCUCGUCCAUGGAGUGCGUCCUGGCAUGCCCUCUGGAGCGCGGAUGCCCCACCAGGGAGCGCCAAUGGGCCCCCCGGGACCGCCUUACGGAGGCAGCCCCGCCGUACGACCGGGGUUGAACAACCCGACGAUGGAGCCCGGUCGAAAACGCCCCGCCUCCUCCCAGCAGGUGCCUCAGCAGCAAAGCAUGCAGAACCGCAACAGAAAGAAGCCAGUUGGAUUCCCCGGAGCCAAUGAGAUGCCAGGGAGGCAGAUGGACAUGAGAGAUGCCCAAUCAGAUCCCACGCUUGGAUCAAACACUAAGAGGAGGAAAAUGGCAGACAAGAUCCUUCCACAAAGGAUUCGUGAACUGGUCCCAGAGUCUCAGGCUUACAUGGACCUACUUGCAUUCGAACGCAAAUUGGACCAGACCAUCAUGCGUAAACGGGUAGACAUCCAGGAAGCUCUGAAACGACCCAUGAAGCAAAAGCGCAAGCUACGACUCUACAUCUCCAACACAUUCAACCCCACCAAACCAGACGCGGAAGACUCAGACGGCAGCAUUGCAUCUUGGGAGCUGCGAGUUGAGGGGAAACUUCUGGAUGAUCCAGGGAAACAGAAAAGGAAAUUCUCUUCAUUUUUCAAAAGUCUGGUGAUUGAGCUGGACAAAGAUCUGUAUGGCCCAGAUAACCAUCUGGUGGAGUGGCAUCGUACACCUACCACUCAGGAGACAGAUGGGUUUCAGGUGAAAAGGCCAGGGGACGUGAGUGUGCGAUGCACUCUUCUGCUAAUGCUGGACUACCAGCCACCCCAGUUCAAACUGGACCCUCGGCUGGCUCGGCUGCUGGGAAUCCACACGCAGACCCGCUCCUGCAUCAUCCAGGCCCUUUGGCAGUACGUCAAGACCAACAGGCUGCAGGACUCCCAUGACAAGGAGUACAUCAACUGUGACAAGUAUUUCCAGCAGAUCUUUGACUGCCCAAGGCUGAAAUUUUCCGAGAUUCCCCAGCGUCUCACAAAUUUGCUGCUACCCCCUGACCCCAUCGUCAUCAACCAUGUCAUCAGUGUCGACCCUAACGACCAGAAGAAGACGGCCUGCUAUGACAUUGACGUGGAGGUGGAGGAUCCACUCAAAACACAGAUGAGCAGCUUCCUGCUCUCCACGGCCAAUCAACAGGAGAUCGCCUCCCUCGACAACAAGAUCCAUGAGACAAUUGAGUCCAUUAAUCAGCUGAAGAUCCAGAGAGAUUUCAUGCUCAGCUUCUCAAGAGACCCAAAGGGUUACAUCCAGGACUGGCUCAAAUCACAGAGCAGAGACCUCAAACUGAUGACGGACGUGGUUGGGAACCCUGAGGAGGAGAGAAGGGCGGAGUUUUACCAUGAGCCCUGGUCUCAGGAGGCUGUCAGUCGAUACUUCUACUGCAAGAUCCAGCAAAGGAGACAAGAGCUGGAGCAAGCACUGGGUAUGAGGAACACCUAGACUCCUCCUGAUUGGACCGAAACGUGACUUGACUGCACCUCUUAAAUCUGAGCCUCCUGGAAGACCCCCCCCACCCAGCCCCUCACUUCACACCAUUUCUGACACUCCUCCUCUGCUCUGUGUCUGAAAUGAGUGUGUGUGAGUGUGUGUGUGUGUGUGUGUGUGUGUGUGUGUCAGGCCUGUGCCUGGCAUCUUUCAACGAAUCAAGUCGCAUCGUUGUGCUUCCCCAGAUCAGUUAAAAAUGCAAACCGGUGUCAACAACACCUCAUAAAAGUCACGCUACUAUUUUUUUAAAUGUUAGGGGGGAAAAAAAAGUCACCAGCAUUUCUUGAUGAACUUCCUCCAUCAGACCAAGUGACUGUGUCUAUAGGGAGUGAUCUGACAUGACCUUUCACCUCAGGGUGGGCGUGUCUCUCUACCAGACAAAUUCACUGUGUCUCAGACAAAUUGUUUUGUUGUUGUUGUUUUGUUUUGGUUUGUUUUUUUAGUUGGUUUGUUUGUUUUAAAUCAGUGUUUCUCAGCACGAGCGGGAGGUUUGUCAUGAUGUAUCACGGCCUUCCGGAAAGUUCUGUUAUCUGUUCCUCUCUGCAGUCCUACCCUGUUAUUUUAUUAGUGUAUUUAUGUAGUAUUUUUGUGGUAGGCAGCUUUGACAAAAGGGAUUUAUUUUUUUUAAUUUCCUCAGUACAAAAUGAGUAAGAAGCACACAGGGUACAUGUUACACUUUGCAGUUUGUAUUAUAUUACAGUUGCCAUGGCGAUGGUCCCUUUUUUUUUCACUGUUUGGGACUCAUAAAGGGUCGUAUUGAACUGAGUGCUGUACUCACUCGUGCUAAAAUGAGAGAAAAUGGGGCUCAGGAACCAUGUAGUUGGUAUUCCUAACCACAAGGUGGCAGUAUGCUCCUAGAGUACACCUUCAAAUUGAUGCUAAAACCUGUUCAUCUCUUGGGUAUGUUCUUCUAAGUAUGGCAGAACUGAUGGAGUUUGUGGCACCACAGACUUUGUAAACUGUUUGCGUUCAAAUUUCUGUAUAUUUAGAAUGAGGAGAAUACAUAGUUUACCCUCUGAAAAUACACACUCAGCACCAGUAGCGAAGACAGACAGAGUUUGCUUGGAGUGUAAAAGACACUGUACAUAAUUACGUACAUACACAACAAAUGUAGAUAGAGUAUCAUUUGUUUUCGUUUUUUUUUUGUCUUAGACUUCACAGUUGUUUCCAUCACUUUGAUUUUGUUUAGCUCAUAGAGGUUUGAUGAAGGCACUGUCGAGUCUAGCUUUUUGACAUGCGUGAAGAAAAAAAAAAACAUUUGCUGUAUGGUUUGAGAAACACUGCAGCAUUGGACUAAGGGAGUACAUUCGGCUUCUGUCCUGUCUAGCUGGAAGAAUACCGAAUACUGUGCCGUGUUCUUCUGGGUGUGGGAGACUCCAGCUCCUCUCUGAAUAUGAAUAAAGACAGACACACUCUCCUGUCUCUGCCAAGGUCACACAGAGAUUUAGGCAAACCCCAUAAUGCUUAACACUAUUACCCAGAACAUGACAGGAGCAAUACCCAUGUUCUAAGGCAGUACCGGAGCUGUCACCGUCCUAUGACAAACUGGUAAUGCCCAGUGGGCGUAACCAGAGAGGGAAUCCCUUAACCCACGGCCUCCUCCCCCCCGCCCCAUCAUAAUCUUAAAAAACAGACCAGUCACAGGUAUUGGAAACCUUGGGCUCAUCCUUCAUCGUCAUGGUGAAUAGCCCUCGCCGUUAGCUAUCGCUAAGGCUAAUCCGUCACAGUUUUUAACCGCGAGUAUUUCUCAUUUGUGAGGAUCUCCUUUUCCCAGUAUUUCUUCAGUCUGACAAAACAGAAAAAAAGACCCAUCAUCAGUUAUAUUUAGAUUAAUACUGUAGAGGAGUAACCAAAGGUCUGUACGGUUGAAUGAAGAGCGUUUACCGCUGUCGAAGUGAACAAUCAGGAUUGUCUAGACAUUAAAUAAGAUGAAGGGUUUUUUU